ACAUUUACCGUACAGCCCACUCAUAAUCUUCGACCUUCGCUACAAUCUGUAUACGAAAUUCAUGAGGACCAAUGCCUCCAGAGAACUCCAAUCGACCUUCAUUGUCAUCUCCAAGAUCCUCGUCUUCGUCAGAGGAUAGCUUCGUGCUUGAUGAGCUGGAUCCGACUUCCGCCCGACAUGCGCCAGCCGCGGGAGAGGAGGAGCCGAAGAUGGAGGAGAUGGAUAUUGAGGAUGAGGAAGAUGGGUUGAUGGGUGCCCGCGACGCAUCACGGAAGAGAACAAACUUCCGACGAUGGCUAUUUGGCGGCGUUGGAGUCGUUUCUCUGAUAUGGCUCUCGUUACUUGCAUACUACCUCCUACGAACACAUCCAGCACUGCCCACAUCUCAUCUAUCCUUGUCGGGCACGGGCAAACCACACAUCACCCGCGAAACUCUCGACGCUGGUGCGUUCUGGCCGCGGACUCAUACUGUGUCAUGGUUGCCGUCGUCCAACGCAACGCAUGGUACAUUCCUUACCAGGACGAAUGGAGAGCUUCGAGUUGAAGACACUACCGGCUCAAGCUCCACACUCGUGAAGGAAUCAGAGAUCAAGGACCCAAGCACCGGCAAUCAACUGCGUCUCAGCAAAUACUGGUUGAGCCGAGAUGCCAGGUACAUCCUGUUCGCAACGGAUGUUCACCGUAACUUCCGCCACUCAUUCUGGGCCAAAUACUGGGUUUACGACACCGAAUCCCAUAGCACCUCCGCCGUUGCUGGAGCCCGCACUCUAAACUGGGCAGGAUGGAGCGGAAACGGAUCCGCUCUCGCCUGGGUCGAGAACGGUGAUCUCUGGGUUCGCUCAAGCAUGACCGAGAAAGAAUGGCGUGUCACCAAAGAUGGUGGACCCAAUGUCUUCAAUGGUGUUCCAGACUGGGUAUACGAGGAGGAAGUCUUCCAGACGAACUCUGUUACGUGGUUCUCGCCGGCAAACGCACAUGUUGCGUACCUCCGCACAAACGAAUCGCAGACUCCUACGUACGAGAUUCCGUACUACAUUCCGGAGAACAGCCGUGAAGAUAUCAGGGCGUAUCCGGAAAAUCUGGCGGUGAAGUACCCGAAGCCGGGGUUCCCUAACCCGGUGACUGAGAUGUAUUUUUACACCAUUCCGCCUGAGACGACUGAUGACAACACGGAUGCCAAUGUCGGUACCCCGUUCACUAUCGCCAUUGAAGAUGACUUUAGUCCUGAGGACCGCAUUAUCACCGAGUUGGCAUGGGUUGGACGAGAUACAGCUCUGAUGCACAUCACCAACCGUGACUCCUCUAUCUUGAAAACGGUCAUUCUCGAUAUCACUGCGCGUACCGGCCACGUAGUUCGCACCACGGACAUCUUUGCCGAAGAUGGCGGUUGGUUCGAGGUCACUCGGGAAACUCGUUGGGUACCCAAGGAUGUCGCGAAUGGCAGACCUGAGGACGGGUACAUCGAUAUCGUCAUCAAGGACGGAAACAACCACCUCGCGUACUACACGCCUGUCACCAGCAGUGAGCCCACAGCUUACCUGACCAGUGGUAAUUGGGAGGUCGAUGGCGGUGUCAAGGGACUUGAUCUUCAGCGCGGGUUGGUGUACUUUGUCAGUACCGAGAAAAGUUCAAUCGAGAGGCAUGUGUAUUCUGUGAAGCUCGAUGGCACUGCUUCAAAGCCAAUUACCAAUACCACGGAGGAAGCAUUUUACGAGGUUGACUUCGCACCUGGAGCUGAGUGGUACACAUUGUCAUACACCGGUCCUAACGUGCCCUGGCAAAAAGUGCUCAGCACUGUCGAUGCGUCCUACUCGCACGACCUCGAGACAAACGAACGCGUCAAGACGGAGGUGGAGGUGUAUGACCUGCCUACUUUCCACUACAGCCAAAUCAUUGUCGAUGGGUACACCCUCAAUGCUGUCGAAAUCAGACCGCCUGGGUUUGAUGACACCGGUGCGACCAAGUACCCAGUCCUCUUCCACCCAUAUGGUGGACCAAUCUCCCAAUCCGUCAAGAAGACCUUCAACUAUGAUUGGCACUCGGUCUUGGCCUCUGACCCAGACCGCGCGUACAUCACCGUAAUCGUCGACGGCCGCGGUACAGGUUUCAUGGGCCGCAAGAACAGAGUCGGUAUUCGAGGUCAGGUCGGUGCUCUUGAAGCGCGAGAUCAAAUCGAGGCGGGUAAACAGUGGGCAAAGAAGAAGUAUGUCGAUGAAACGAAGAUUGCGAUCUGGGGUUGGAGUUUCGGUGGGUUCUUGACGUUGAAGGUCCUGGAACAGGGGAGUGGAGUGUUCCAGUACGGGAUGGCUGUUGCUCCUGUUACGGAUUGGAGAUACUAUGAUUCCGUAUACACUGAGCGUUAUAUGGGGACCAUUACCGACAAUUUGGAUGGCUACCGGCAAUCCGCCAUCCAUGAUAUCAACAACCUGGCCAGCGCAGAUCGUUUCCUCGUCAUGCACGGUUCUGGCGACGAUAACGUGCACUUCCAGAACACGCUUUCACUCCUCGACAAGCUGGAUCUUGCCGGCGUGACAAACUAUGAUAUGCACGUGUUCCCUGACAGUGAUCACAGCAUCUACUUUCAUAACGCCAAUCCGGCCGUUUACCGGAAGCUGACGGAAUGGUUGACGGAAGCAUUUGGGAAGAAGAAGGGAAACUCGUGGAGCAAGGGUCUGUGGGAGAAUGACGACUGAGCCAGGGAUACUGCUUAGGUGCUACUACAUAUAGGUUGUGAGUAU